AUGAGGAAAACCAUUUAUAAGGACCAGAAACAGUCGACCAAGUCUUACGCUCAACCUCCCUCCAUGCCGUGUGAGUCAGCGCAGCCACCAUCCCUCUGGUACUCGUUCCCUUGCGUUUGGGUGCUCGACGUGAAUGGCGAUGGCAAAAUCUCCCCUCGGGAGCUGAGGCAGGUUCUGGAUCGCAUGGGGUGGGCGGACGAGUCGGCAAUGCAGGAGCUGAUGGCGAAGGCGGACACCAACGGCGACGGACUGAUUGACUUCGAAGAGUUCGUGCACUCGUCGCUUAACCACGUGGCCGCAUGUGGCGGCGGGGCAGGCGGUAUUGUGGAGGUGGCGGAGGAAGAGGAGGAGGACCUGCGUAAGGCAUUCGAGCUGUUCGACCACGACGGCGACGGUAGCAUCACCGCGGAGGAGCUUCAGAAUGCCAUGCGCAUGCUGAGCGGCGACAAGCUCAGCAUGGACGAUUGCCGCACGAUGAUUGCACGGGUGGACGUGAACAGAGACGGCCGCGUUAAUUUCUCAGAGUUCAAAGGCAUGAUGGACGGUGUGCUCCGCUGA